GAAAUUAAAACUAUUAAUGGUAAAGAAAAAAGAGUAAUCAAAUUAUUACAAGCUGAAAUCAAGCAACUAAAAAAGCAAGUGAACGGGAAGGAAAAAGAAAAAUAUAAACCAUAUUUAUAG